AUGUCCCAACAAAGCAAAGACUGGAGCGCAAGUCAAUACCUCAAAUUCGAAGACGAACGCACUCAGCCCGCCCGCGAUCUCCUCUCGCGCGUGCCCCUAAUGGCCCCCAAAAGAAUAAUCGACCUAGGUUGCGGCCCUGCCAACUCAACAACAGUCUUGGCAAACCAAUACCCGUCAGCAACGAUAACAGGUCUAGACUCGUCGUCCGACAUGAUCGAGCGCGCGAAGAAAGUCCUGCCAGAUCGGGACUUUUACAUCACAGACCUAAACACUUACACGCCAGACCCCGCCAAGCCAGUCGAUCUCUUUUUUUCAAACGCGGUGUUCCAGUGGCUGAAAGCCGAUGACCGUAUUGCGGUCAUUAAGCGACUCCUGCAGCCACAGCAAAAGGGCGCUGUUUUUGCACUCCAGGUCCCGCAUAAUCUGAGCGAGCCUUCGCAUGUACUUAUGGGCGAGACUGCUGCUGACGGCCCGUGGGCGGAGAAACUCGCUGGUGUGCAGAGAGAUGGGUUCCAGUCGCCGCAGGAACUUUAUGAUCUGGUUAAGCCGUUUUGUAGUCAAGUUUCGAUUUUUGAGACGAGUUAUUAUCAUUCGCUUGAGAGUCAUGAGGCUGUUGUUGAGUGGGUGAAGGGGACGGGGUUGAGGCCGUUUUUGGAUCUGUUGGAGGGUGAUGAGAAGGAGGCUUUCUUGAAGGGUUACUUGAGAAGAUUGCAGUCUGCUUAUCCUGUUUCUGUUGAUGGGAGGGUCUUGUUGAAAUAUCCGCGGUUGUUUAUGGUUGCUGUAAAAUGA